GCGCUCCCCGCGCCCGCAGGUGCCGCCCGCCCGCUCUCCCGGCUCCGGAGUUCCGUCCGCUCCCGCGCCGGCACGAGAGCAGCAUUCUGAGCCUCAUGGGAGGAGGCAAGGAAGAACCCGGACUAGAUAUCCAGCUAAGGCUUCGUGCCCUGCUCUGGGGGAAGAUGAAUGUUUCUGCCAGGAGAAUGUAACUGGAGGAUCCAGGUCUACGCAGACUUGAUCAUGGGAGCCAACACUUCAAGCAAACCACCAGCAUUUGAUGAAAAUGAGGAUGUCAACUUUGACCACUUUGAAAUUUUGCGAGCCAUCGGGAAAGGCAGUUUUGGGAAGGUCUGCAUCGUACAAAAGAAUGAUACGAAGAAGAUGUACGCCAUGAAGUACAUGAAUAAACAAAAGUGUGUGGAGCGCAAUGAAGUGAGAAACGUCUUCAAGGAGCUCCAGAUUAUGCAGGGGCUGGAGCACCCUUUCUUGGUUAAUUUGUGGUAUUCCUUCCAAGAUGAGGAAGACAUGUUCAUGGUGGUGGACCUGCUGCUGGGCGGGGACUUGCGUUACCACCUGCAGCAGAACGUCCGCUUCCUGGAAGACACGGUGAAGCUCUUCAUCUGCGAGCUGGCCAUGGCCUUGGACUACCUGCAGUGCCAGCGCAUCAUCCACAGGGAUAUAAAACCUGACAACAUUUUACUUGACGAACAUGGGCACGUGCACCUCACAGACUUCAACAUCGCUGCGCUGCUGCCCAGGGAGACGCGGAUCACCACCGUGGCUGGCACCAAGCCUUACAUGGCACCUGAGAUGUUCAACUCCAGAAAAGAAGCGGGCUAUUCCUUUGCCGUGGACUGGUGGUCCCUGGGAGUGACAGCGUAUGAGCUGUUGAGAGGCCGGAGACCAUAUCAUAUUCGCUCCAGUACUUCCAGCAAGGAAAUCGUACACAUGUUCGAGACGGCUAUUGUGACUUACCCUUCUGCCUGGUCACAGGAAAUGGUGUCAUUUCUUAAAAAGCUACUCGAACCUAAUCCAGACCAACGAUUUGCUCGGUUGUCUGACAUUCAGAACUCCCCAUAUAUGAGUGAUAUAAACUGGGACUCGGUUUUGCAGAAGAGGCUCAUUCCAGGUUUUAUUCCUAAUAAAGGCAGGCUGAACUGUGAUCCCACCUUUGAACUUGAAGAAAUGAUUUUGGAGUCCAAACCUCUUCACAAGAAAAAGAAGCGUCUGGCAAAGAAGGAGAAGGAGAUGAGGAAGUGUGAUUCCUCUCAGAUUUGUGCUAUUCACAGAACAAACACAUGGAUAGGUCAUCGGCUGUUUGAUAACCCUCAUUUGUCUAACUAUACCUCUGGUUUGCUUUCACUGUACACCUGGAAGACAUGUCUUCUUCAAGAGCACCUUGAGUCUGUCCAGAAGGAGUUCAUAAUUUUCAACAGAGAAAAAGUAAAAAGGGACUUUAAUAAAAGGCCAGCAAAUCUAGCCUUGGAACAAACCAAAGACCCACAAGAAGAGGACGGCCAGAAUAACAACCUAUAAAAGCCUCGGCACCUUCUUGGGACACUUCUUGGCACCUCAGGCCAAGAACUUCUGAUUAUCCACGUCAGAAGAGCCGAUAGUAGUUCUUGCCACUCUACACCUCAUGACUUAGAAAAUGUGAAUGAAUUAUCUUUCUAAGGCGGCAUCAGGACACAGUGAUGUUCUACAGGGCCUGAGCUCCUGGGACCUAGUGUCAUCACUAACUGUGUGAUCUUGAGCAAGUCACUUAACCACUUUCCCUGCUUCAGUUUAUUUAUAUAAAAUGGGAGGGUCACAUUAGAUGAGCCAUGCCCUGCUUUUUUAGUGCUACGAUUGUUAUUCUAAACAGCCUUUAUUUUUAUUUUAAAAGGAAUAUUUGGACGUAGAUUUAUUUUUCCACUCCUCUAAUUACACAGUGACAAGUGGGCAAAUGGACACAGGACUCAGUGAGACUUUUCAGACCUGGAAAACUUCAUAAAGAGGUCAAAAUCUCUAAGCCGAAUUGGAUAGGAAUAAGGAAUUCCAUCAAGAAGAAACGCAUGGGACCAGAUUAAAACAAACAGAUUUAGGAGGGCCUUCUAGUGGUGUGCUGGAGUCAGCAUCCUAGCAGCUAGCAAUAGCCUACUGUGCACAUCACUUCCCAACUCUCUCUUCAGGGAUGUGACGUUGGUAUCUUGAAAUUGGCGAUAAUAGUAGUUUACACCAUGGAAAUUGGCAGAUGCUACAAAUCAAGAGUUUUUUUUUUUUUUUCCCUCCUUGCCUGGCAGUUGCUAAAUAUUAGCACACCAUUCUCCUUCUCUCAGUAAGCAUAUUCCUUGAGGACUAAUAGUCUUUUGAGGAUUAGCAGAGACCUAUAUCUGGAAAGGAUCUGAAAAAAAAAUUGUCACACCAAAAGCAUGUCUACCUUGCAGUUCAGCAAAGUGGCAUCUUACACAGGGGUUGCAGUCUUAAGUUCGAAGUGAAUUCAGAAGAGAGUAAAAUUUACCCUUGAAAAGUCCCUUAAAUUACCUGUAACAUAUGGGAAGUGUCUUUUCUCAGUGAAGCCUAGUACAGUAGAGUCACCCUUCAGUAAUGAAACAAGUCAUCGUUUUUAUUUUGUUUGAAUUCUUGUUCAUUAUUAUUAUGUCUGGUCUCAUUUUAGCUAAUACCAGAUGUACCAAAAUGCUGAGCAAAUCGCACAUGUCUUUGUAGACUAGCAUUACUCUUCAUACAGUGGGAUGCUCACACAUCUGAGCGGUGUAAGUUCAUGGAGACUGACUAAAGGGCCAGUGGUAUCAUGUCUCCCCGCUUGUGCUGACUGCAAGGAUGGCAGGUAGAAUUGCCUCAUUAUUUAAAAUAUCACUGAUGUGUCACUCUUUCUUUUUUUUAAUAUUUUUAUUUAUUGAUCUGCCAAGCACAAAAUUUAAUUCGCCUGUGUGAGAUGUGCACAUGAUGUGACCCCAUUGUACUGCUACGCAGAUCUUUGCAGAAGAACUAUUUUUGGCAACGCACACAUGCCACUGGGUACAGUCAAGAAGUGAACCAGCUUAGCGGGGAUUGUUCUAACCAUGUGGCUACUCAACGUCGCCUAAACCUGCCCUUACUCAGGGAGAGGAUGGGCCUCUCUAGGGUGGCAGUAAGCUGGCAACAGGGAACACCAGACUGACACUCACGUGGGAAGCCCGGCAGGUGGGAACAGACAGAAGUAACAGAGAUGGCCGCCUGCUAGGGAAGACUUAUCCAGAAAGGAGGUCACGCUGGGGCACCCGAGCAUGAGUAGAAAGCCAGAGCUAAACUUGAACUUGGCGUUUACCAUUUUCUCCUCACUGAGCUAACAGGCCCAGCAUUUCUGGCAGAGCUGUGAAGUAGUGCCUCUCUAUGUUAAGAGCAGCCAUAUUUUUGUUAAAGAAUUAAAAGCCAGCUUUUUUUUUGUUCUGUUUGUAUGAUUCCUUUCUCUCUACAGUUUCCACUGUUAUCUAUGCGAUGUUGUGUAUCUCCAAACACUAUCAACGUUAAGCACCUGCCCUGACUUCAUUUCAAAGAGGGGGAUGGGUUGAAAAGAGCAUGACUAAGAAAGUGGCCAGGUUCUGCUCCAGGCGAUAACCCCCGGAGUGACAGGGGCCACGUGCAUGUUUACCAGCUUCCAUCGUUCAUGUACUUUGAUUCAAGCCUUGAUGUGCUGUGGCCUUAUCCCCCUAGUCACCUGGUUUCCUCCUCUUUCUGUGACCUUGUUUGCAUUCUCCCAAAGGAGAGGCUUUGGGAAACGUUUCUGUUCUCAUGCUCACCAAAGGGCACUGGGACCAUUAGGUUCUCCCUCGUGAUGACAGUUAAUCUUUAGUGCCAUUUCACGUCUGUACAACUUAUAAUGGGAACCCAAUACAAUCUCUGCGCUCUCACUCCCUAGCUUUUAUUUCCAGCGAGCCGGGCUUUCGGGAGCCGUGGCCGCACUGAUUAGAGAGCAGUGUCAGAGGGUAAGAUGAAUCUCCAAUCCCAGCCAGGCGACAGACACGCAGUGUGUUUCAGCUUAGAAAAGAAAAACCACUGUAUCUGACAGUGCAGAACAACUGAGUCUUAAGCACCUCCUACCACUGUGCAUUUUAAACAUGAGAACAAAAAAAGUUUUCCAAAACUCAAAACUUUUCCUAAAUCCUACGGUUAUGGCUGGUUGUUGAAGUCAGCUCCUUUGGUUGCUUGCAUUCCAUCACUGGAACUAAAAGAAACAUGUCUCCCCUGUUCCCAGGUGGAACAUAAUAAUCUCAUCUGGAAGCGUAACAGCCAAAGCUCAGGGAUGAGAAUUUUAAAAAACAGGAUGACUGUUAUAUCCUUUUGUCUGGUAUUCCUGAAUGUUUUUCUUCUGACGGCGUCCCCUCCCCCCUCCCCCUUACCUGUAUGGAGCAUCUGAAAAGUCUGAGCAGGUUUUGAAGUCCAGGAGCAUGCUGGUUCUAACACGCUUGUGCUGCUUCGGGACUGCGCACCUCCCGUGUGUUUUUGGCGACCUCUAGUGGAUGAGUGGGGCAGCUGCACCCUGCCACUUUGGCCACCCUCUUUCCAGGGAAGACAAUGCUCUCUGCCUAUGCAUGGCUCACCCACCCCCAAGGCAGCACUGGUUUUGCCUGAGGUCAUUGCUAGGGCAGAAAUGAACAUCAAGCAGCAUGGAACAUUGCUAAAUUAAUUAUGCUAAUCUAAUUAAGUAGUGGUUAGGCUUUUUCUGAUAGAAAUUUUUAACCAGAAGCAACUAGACUUUCUAUCAUCAUAGCUUUUGCAGAUUGGGUGGAUAAAUAACUAGGAAGAAAGAGUGUUAACGUAGCCGGCAGGGACCAGUGUUGCUGCUUGUGGCUGACGUAGUAACGCUGAGGCUUUAAUGCUUCAAGAGCUGAAACGAAAAGGCAUGACAAGCGUUGUGAGUUUGUUUCAGUAACCAGCUGUCCCUGUAUUCUGUCUACACAAAAUCCUGUUUUCUACGCUGUCUGCCUGUGAUUACUGUUUAUUAUAAGCUCCGUGUGUCUCAUUGGUAUUAAACGCUGGUAUAAAAAUCCAAACUUCGCUUGUCUGUGCUGUUGUGAACAGGCAGCUGACCUGGCGGUGCAUGAAUGAAAAACAAGUGCUUCUGUUGAGCUGUAGCAUAUAUAAUGUAAAUGUGCCUGUGUGUAUUAAAACGGUCUUCUGUAAACAGUAA